AUCCACUCGCGUAUCUCUUCUCCUCUCACCUCUAACCUAGCUCAGGUCCGAUCUUCGUCUGCAUGGACCUGCUGUCAGAAAGGGAAAAAAUAUAAAUCACAUCAUGUGUUUCUUGGUGCUCCCCUUAACCACAGUUAUACAUCACUUGGAAUCUCAUUGAUGGUCAUGGACCCGUCCGUCUUCCCCACACUGCGAAUGCCCCGGGGAGAAUGGCCUUGAAACGUCGCGAUCUCGUCCUCCUGGGCACUGGUGCUUUCGUCUCGUGGGGCCUGGCCGUUAGCUGGCUCCCCAUCCUUCGAUAUCUCGGCUGGGCCCUCGUUCUCGGAGUGUCGCUCUCUUCAGCAACGUUCCUGGCGGUCGUCGUCUUCAGUAUCCGCUCGGCGAACGAUCAUGGCCCCGGUUUCCCUCGUCCAAAGAACCUCCCUGUCGCGUUCGUCGCCCCCAGUCGGUGGCCCGAUGAGGCUCGCGGGGCGGUGGAACGUGCCUCGUACAACCCCUCUUCGCUCUAUCCGCAAUCCUUUGUUGUAUCGGAAGGUAUUGAUGAACUGCUGAUGCUGGUCACCCGCGACUUCAUCUCGACUUGGUAUCGGAGCAUCAGUCCGAGUCCCGUCUUUGUGAAUGAGGUAGAUCGCGUGAUCCGGACGGCCGUCGGGAAUCUUCGUGACCGAAUCCUGACUGAGGACCUCAUCUCUCUCAUCGUGUCUCGAAUCUUCCCCAUCGUGACGACGCACCUCAAGGAGUUUGACAUCGCGGAGCGCUCCGUCCGGGGCCGCAAUCUCACCCGAAAUGUGACCGAGUCCGAAGAGCUGGAUCUGGCCAUCGCCGCCAAAUACCGCGAUGGUCGCUUGCACCCGGCCGCAGCUCUCUCCUUGUCCGACCCGCGACUCGUCGAGCAGGAAUACCUCCGGAAAAUGUCAAUGGGCCUGCUGCCCCAGUUGUUCCCGGAGAGCGUGCUGAACAGUCGCAUUGUCUCUGUGCUGAUCAGGGAGAUCGUGUCCUGCGGCGUACUUUUCCCGAUCGUGUCCCUGCUCUCGGACCCGGAUACUUGGAAUCAGUUGAUGGAAGCUUACGGCCGAACCGCCCUUCAAGAUCGCAAAACCGUGCGGAAGCUUCGAGCAGCCCUGGAUCAGCACACCUCGCCGGUCCCCAGGUCGAAACGCGGCAGCUACUUCCCUCGCCUCGCACCGAAUGAUUCAGAAAGGGCCUUUGAACGGUUUGUACGGGCGAUCCGGCGCUGCAGCAACCUGUCCGACGCUAGACGCUUCCGCGCCCUCGUUGCGAGUCAGUUGAAACGGGAGACAAUGGUGGAAGGACAGGACCCGACCUACCUGCGACGGCUCGAAACCGGAAAGAGGGUUUUGGAUCAAAAAGUGACGAAGCUCUCCGCACCGAAUGGCGAUCAUGCGUCGCACGCAUCGGCGGUCGUGUCCCACUUCCGUCGUACGAACUCUUCCCCGCCCCACGAAGGCUCAUUGGUGGACGUCAUGCACGACACCGCCGGCCUCUCCUACUUCAUGGAAUUCAUGGAUCGCCAGAAGCUUAUGUCCCUGGUGCAGUUCUGGAUCGUGGUCGAUGGUUUCCGCAACCCUCUGGAAGAUGACUUUGGCGAUGAGUCCUCUCCAAGUGCCAUCACCUGGACUGAAACGGACCGCAACGACAUAGCCCUCAUAAGCGAAACCUAUCUCUCACAGGCAGAGCUCAAGGUCUCGGAGGAAUCCCGCCGAACGGUCCGGGCAUUUCUCAGCGCAGGGAGCCGAGCCACGUCGGAGCAGUAUCGCAAGGCUCGUACCGUGGUCUUGACCACCCAGUCUGCAGUACUGGAGGAGCUCCAGGGAGUCUACUAUCCCAAAUUCAAACAGUCGGAUCUAUACUAUAAAUACCUCGCGUCCGAUGAUGUCUCCUAUUCGUCAUCACUUCCAUCCGCAGCCCCCCAGGAUGGCCCCCUAGUUCCUUCGGAGGUGCCCGAAAGGCGGCCGCUGCCUCCCUUGAUGAGUCGCACGCGCUCGCAACCCGUCACCAAGUCUAAGGACCUGCGGCGAGCGGCGGUCUCGUCAAGUGAUGUACGGAGCAUGGGCAAUCUCUUUGACGACGAUGAACCCCCCCGACGCUCUUUUGAUUCCGAUCGAUCCGGUCCCUUGUUCGAUGACGACUAUGAUACUGAACCCCUGGCGGCGUCAACGCAGAGUCUCGAUCGAGACUUGCAGAGUAGCGAAAACGACCCGAAUCAGAACCAAAUCAUCGAGAACAUGGAGGCUGCAUUGAACGACAUCAUAGUCAACGUCCCGAAAAAUGGGAGAAUCGAAGACUUGAAAGGCGGGGACGGUAAUGCACCCAUGUCCCCAGGCAAUGAACGGAAUCCCAUGUCUGCACGCAGCUCAGGGGAGUCGGCUCGCAUUGGUGCUCGCAUGGACGAUAAGUCUAAGCCGAGUAUCGCCUCGCUAGGGCUGGUCGAUCACCAAUCGCGUCUUGGUGUAUUCGACGACGAUCUCUUCGCAGACCAGCAGAAGUUCAUCGAGGAUGAAUACGAAGAACCCGUCGGAAUCGGGGACAGGGACCCGGCUGACGAAGUACACGAAGCGGCCCCUGGCGACCUUGGCUUGACGGAGGCCGUCGAAGCACUUAAUGUGGAGAUCGAGAAGCUUGGAUCCCAGGAUGCGGUAGUGGACACGCUGACUCGAAAGGCGGAGCUCACGAACAAUACAGCGGAGCUGAGGAUUCUCCGGAAGUCAAAGGCCAGCAUCCAGCGGGAAAUCCACCGCAAGGAAAUGCAACGCCAGCAGUACAUUAUCCAAGAGAGUGACAAUAGUUUGUACGGACGGUCGUCUAUCCGGAUCCAAUCCAUCGUGGUGGGCAAGGAGGAGGACGGCCGGGAGUUUGCCAUGUACGUGGUUGAAGUACACCGAGACGCUGGAGAACAGAUGCCCGCUGCGUCCUGGGCGGUAGCUCGCCGGUAUAGCGAGUUCCACGAACUCCACCAAAAGCUGCGCAUGAGAUAUCCGUCCGUCCGCCACCUCGAAUUUCCCCGCCGGCGGGUAGUGAUGAAACUGCAGAAGGAGUUCCUUCAGAAACGACGACAGGGGCUAGAAGCCUACGUACAAAAGCUACUACUUCUACCCGAAGUAUGCCGGAGUCGCGAUCUCCGCGCCUUCCUCUCCCAACGAGCCAUCAUCCCACGCGACGAGACGGCCCCUCGCGAAGGAGACACCAAAGACCUGGUAACCCGAAUCUACAACUCCGUCGCAGACGGCAUGGACGACUUCCUCGGCAACUUCGGCGUCCUCGAUCAGCUCUCCACGGCGGGACAAAAUCUCAUAUCCGCCGCCACUAGCCACCAAAACCCUACCCCCACCGCAACCACAACCGCGACCACAACCACCACCGUCCCCUCCACCUCCGGCUUCACCACCGAAGACGCCGUCACAGCGGCCGAAGCCGAAGCGGAGCUCAGCGCCUUCGAAGACCGCGAACUCGAACCCUUCAUCAAACCCAUCUGCGACCUCUUCCUCGAAACCUUCGACCUCAACAAAGGCAACAACUGGCUACGCGGCCGCGCCGUAGUCGUCGUCCUCCACCAACUCCUAGGCGGAACCAUCGAGCGCAAAGUCCGCGACGGCGCACGCCUCCUCAUCCAAGACGACUCCCUCCUCCGCUACAUCUCCCUCGCAAAAGACACCCUCUGGCCGGACGGCCUGCUGCGGGAGAACAAGACCCGCACGACAUCUGAGCGUCUCAAGAGUCGCACGGAAGCGAGCCUCGUGCUAGCGACGCUUGUGCCGGAGAUGGCGGGGAAUGUUGUCGGAAGGGCGAAUGCGCAGGGCGCUGCGAGGAGGAUCUUCGCGACGUUGAAUAAUCGUCGGUUGAAUACGCAUUUGGUGUUUACGAUCUUGGAUGAGAUUCUGUUGGUUUUGUUUGGGGAAGGGGGGAGGGGGAGGCUGUGAUUAUUAGUUUUCAUAGGAAUGCUUGAGUGGUCUGUGACUGGAGGUCUUGGAACUAUGGGGGUGAGGGCACAGAGG